AUGCAGAUGUUUUCUCUAAAUUUCCUAAUGUAUACCAUUGGUGGUGUAUGGAUGCCAAUUGAAUGGUCAUCGAACAUUGCUAAGCUACUGUAUAAUGCGUUUACUACUAUUGUAUUAAUCUUGUUAUAUUUUUUGAUGAUAACACAAUUUAUGGAUAUCAUUCUUGUUGUCGAUAAUAUUGAUGAUUUUGCCACAAAUACUUUAAUGUUUCUGACUAUUGUUGCUGUUACUUGUAAAGCGACAAUCGUUGUGAUGCGUCGAAAUGCAAUCAUCAAUUUGGUGCAAGUAUUGUUGACGGCACCUUGUAAGCCUCGAGACGAGGACGAAAUAGCGAUACAAACGAAAUUUGAUAAAUUUAUCAGAUCAUGUUCGAUAAAAUAUUCACUUUUGGCGACUUGUUCUGUCACUGGCGUCACAGUAAGAUCUGUGCUAAAUGUUAUGCAAGGUGACUUACCUUAUCGAGUGUGGCUACCAUAUGAUUUUAACACAUCUCCGAUGUUCUGGAUUACGUCCAUUCAACAAAUUAUAACUGUGAUUUUUGUUACUAUCAUAAAUGUUGGCACGGAGACCUUAGUUUUUGGAUUGUUUCUGCAAACAUGUGCCCAAUUUGAAAUUUUUGAAAGUCGUCUUAACAAAUUAAUAAUUAAUAAAACUAGUAAAUUAACGAAAAAUAAAAUUAGAUAUCUGGAACACUUCUCUCCCUCGUCAAAUGAAGAAAAAGCGAUAAUAUCAAAAUACGUACAUUAUCACCUCAAGAUUUACAAAUACGCCAAAACGGUAAACGUCAUAUUUAACCAGGUACUCUUUGUCCAAUUCUUUGGCAGUAUAUUGGUAUUAUGUACAAGUGUAUAUUAUCUAUCAGCACAUAGUUCAUUGUCCGAAACUGCUACUUUGAUAGUGUAUACUGUUUGUAUGUUUGUACAAAUCUAUGUUUAUUGUUGGUCCGGAAAUGAAGUCAUGCUUAAGAGUAUGUGUAUAGGAGAUACAAUAUACCGUAUGAACUGGCCUUCACUAUCAGUCAACGAUAGGAAAGAACUAUUAAUGAUCAUGUUACGCAGCACACUUCCUAUAAAAUUUACCAGUAGCUUCUUGAUAACUUUAUCUCUCCAGUCUUACAGCAGUAUCUUGAAAAUAUCAUACUCGGCAUUUAAUGUAUUACAAAAAAUUAUUCUUAUUAAAGAAAGAGGUCCAAAUAUGCAAAUACUUUCUCUAAAUUUUGUAAUAUAUACCCUUUGUGGUAUGUGGCGACCUAAUAAAUGGUCAUCAAAUGGUGCAAAACUUCUGUAUUAUGUAUUUACAUUUAUUGUAAUAUUUUCGGAAUAUUUUUUGAUGUUAACCCAAUUUAUGGAUAUAAUUCUUGUUGUCGAUAAUAUCGAGGAUUUUGCCACUAAUACUCUAAUGUUCUUGACUGUUGUUGCCGUAUGUUGUAAAGCGACCGUCAUUGUGGUACGUCGAAAUGCCAUCACCAACUUAAUGCAAGUAUUGAUGAAGACACUGUGUAAACCUCACGACGAGGACGAAGUGGCAAUACAAACGAAAUUUGAUUUGUUUAACAGAUCGUGUUUGAUUAAGUACUCACUUUUAGUAACGAGCUCUGUCACAGGCAAUACAAUAGGAUCAGUAUUAAAUGUUAUGCAAGGUCACCUCCCUUUUCGAAUAUGGUUACCAUUUAAUUACAAUGUACCUUUGGUGUUUUGGAUUGUAUCCAUUCAUCAGAUUGUAACUUUAAUUUUUGCCGCUAUGAUAAAUAUCGGCACGGAUACCUUAAUCUUUGGAUUACUCUUAUAUACGUGUGCUCAGCUUGAAAUUUUUGAAAGUCGUCUUCACAAAUUAAUAAUUAAUAAAACAAUUAGCUAUCUGGGACAUGCCCUUUCUUCAUCGAAUAAAAACAAAACAGAAAUAUCGGAGUGCAUACGUCAUCAUCUCAGCAUUUACAAAUACGCCAAAAUGGUAAACGUUAUAUUUAAUCAAGUGUUCUUCGUUCAAUUCUUUGCAAGCAUGCUAGUAUUAUGUACAAGUGUGUAUUAUCUGUCAAUACAUAUUACAGAACUGUCUGGUACUGUGACUUUCUUAGUGUACACCAUUGGCAUGUUUGUACAAAUCUACGUUUAUUGCUGGUCUGGAAACGAAGUCAUUCUUAAGAGUAUGAGCGUAGGAGAUGCUAUAUAUUGUAUGGACUGGACACUAUUAUCAGUUAACGAAAAGAAGGAAUUGCUCAUGAUCAUAAUACGAAGCACAAUUCCUAUAAAAUUCACUAGCAGCUUCUUGAUAACUCUGUCCCUUCAAUCUUAUAGCAAUAUCUUAAAAACGUCAUACUCGGCAUUUAACAUACUUCAAAGUAAAACAUAAGUAAACAAAAGUAUACUUGUUAGAUAUGUGAUAAUUAUGUAG